CACCUGUCCCCCCAGCUUUAAUGGCCUAAGUGGGGGUUUCUUCUGGGGAUUUGGGGUUGGGAUUACAUGUAGCCUCGGAGGCUGGCUGGUGGAACGAAAGCGGAUAGGAGGAGGGGAGACGAGAAAAAAAGGGAAGGGGAUGGUGUAUUUAGUUUUAAUUCUAUCUGUGCAACGAGUCUAUAUUUCUCAUUCAUUCCGAGGCCCCACGAGCGGGCUUACUGCUCCGUGGCCAGGCCCCCACUCAGUGUUAACAUGAAGUAGAGAGCGAGUGGAAGUAUUAGAGGGAGGGGGGAGAGAGAGAAAGAGGGAAAAGGGGGAAGAGAAAGAGAAAGGGAAAAGCUGAGAGAGAUUUUAGGGUUUAGGAUCUAAGGCUACGCAUCCUGUCUCGAUACAAGUUGGCUUCUCCAGUUCCUCGCCCCUUCUUUCGCUCGCUCUUUCUAUAAAUUUCUAUCUUAUAUUCGCAUACAACGCAUACACACGCAGAGACAAGAGUCAAUCGGGAGGAGCCCCACGCAGUUUCCAGCGAAGAAAUAAGAAGAGAAGAGAGAAGAAGAUGGGAUAAAGGAAAAAUGGAAGAAAGCCAGGGUGUAAAUAGAAUUUGGUGGCUGUUGGAUUUAUUUGAGGAAAAGAGGAGGCGGCCAUGGAACGAAGUGUCGUAGACAUGGAAAGGGAGCUGAUGGAGGUGGAAGAGGAGGAGGAGGUAGGAGGAGGAGGACCAUCAAAUAGCAACAGUAGCAGCGGAGGUACCAACAGCAGUAGAAGCACUUCCGAGCAGCAGCAGCAGCAGCAGCAGCAGCAGCAGCAGUUCCACCACCAAGCCAGCAGCGGCGGCCCCUCCUCACUCGACCUCGUCCCCUUCGAAGGAGGCGGCCCCACCGGUCCAUUCAUGGGCUCCAUCAUCCACCACCACGGCGGAUCAGGCCGCGUCGACCCUUCCCUCGCCAUCUCAUCCUCCCCCGCAGCCAAGCCCGACCCCAACGCUGCCCGUCCAUCCUCCUCCUCCGCCGCCGCCGACCCGUCCAAGAAGCUCCCCGUCGCGACGAAGCGGUCGUCGAAGGAUCGGCAUACGAAGGUCGAAGGCCGCGGCCGCCGGAUCCGGAUGCCGGCCGUGUGCGCCGCCAGAGUCUUCCAACUGACGCGAGAGCUCGGGCACAAGUCGGACGGCGAGACGAUCGAGUGGCUUUUACAGCAGGCGGAGUCGGCGAUCAUCGCCGCGACGGGCACCGGUAAUCCGGCGAACUUCUCCUCGCUCAACAUCUCCCUCAGGAGCAGUGGCUCCUCUCUCUCCGCGCCACCGUCCAAGUCCGCCGCUCACUCUUUCCACGCUCUCGCCCUCGCCCACCACCACCGCCCGGACUACGAGGAGCCCGAUGCCGCCUCCGGGAUCUCCCACUCCGCAAUGCUAGGCUUCCACCAGCUUCACCAUCACCACCCCCCUCACCAGCAUCAUCUCUUAUCCACCGAUCAAAUGGGAGCAGGGCUGCAAUCGACCGGAGGUAGCAGCGGCGGCGGCGCCGGCGCAGGAGGAGGAGAUUCCUCCGCUGAUACCUAUUUGAGGAAACGCUUCAGAGAAGAUCUAUUCAAAGAGGAGCAGCAGCAGCAGCACGAGGGAGGUGGGGCCGGCCCGUCGUCCCCAUCCUCCGCCUCCAAAGACGCGAGGACGGGGGGCCUCCAAUCGCAGCAGCGGGCGCAGCAGGAACCUGCUGCGUCCCCCGCCGCAGCAGCAGCAGGAAUGUCGAGGCCGUCCGGCGUCCUUCCCGCGGCGGCAAUGUGGGCGGUCGCCCCGAACAGCGGAGCCGGCGGAGCAUUCUGGAUGCUCCCCGUCUCCGGUGGCCCGACCGCCGGGCCGUCGGAACCGUCUCUGUGGACGUUUCCAGCAUCGGGCCACGGGCAGUACCGGACCGGAAUUCCCGCCGCCACCGCCGGCGGCACCAUCCAGGCGCCCGCUCCAAUUCAUGUCCAGGAUCAACAUCCCAGGGGGUCUGGAGUCCCAAGGCGGCCGCGCCGUCGGAGCGCUCCCGCUGGGCUCGAUGCUGCUGCAGCAGCCCGGGGGCGGCGGCGCGGCGCCGCAGCAUCUCGGGCUGGGGAUCUCCGAAACCAAUCUCGGGAUGCUGGCGGCGCUCAACGCCUACAAUAGAGCUGGACUCAGCAUGAGUUCCGAGCAUCAUCAGUCUUUGGAUCAUCAUCAAGCCCAGCAGCGAGGUGCGGAUAGCGGAGACGAUCACCACCAAACGAAUUCUCAGUAGUAGGGAGAGCGAGUGGAAGGUAAAAUUAACGAGUCGAUCGCUUCUUCCACCCCCACCCUCCGGCACCAGAAUUUUCUCCACUGUUAACACCGAUCGAUACAUUACUGGAGAUUGUUCAUAUUAUCCUUUCUCUUUUUUCCCUUCUCUCUCGUUGAGCUUUGAGUGCUUGAGAACCCUUUAUCCAGUGGACACUAUUCUCUCGACCUCCUGAGAGGAUCGCUUAUCCUUUUAUCAAGUUUCUUCCGCCACUUUUAAUCUUGUUUCUGUGUUGAUGAUGAGUCUAAGAAGCUUAUUUGCGGUCCAAACGGGCCGCAAGGGAGGGGGCAGGGAUUUGUAUAGGGAAUUCGACUUUUGUGUACUAAUAAUUCUUUGUUUGUUUAACGAGAGAUUUUAG